AUGUUUAAGUUAGAAAUUGAUUUGGAUCAAUUUAAUUUAUACGCAAUAAUUACUCUUUCAAUUAUUUUGGGGUUAUUUAAUCUUUUUGAUGUGCAUUAUUUUUUACGGAUAUCUUACAAUUUGUGGUUUUGUGCGAUUUAUGAGGAACCAAUUAAUAUUUUAGACACAAGUUUAACUUAUGGAAUUUGUACAACAAACGAUUUAGAUACAGUUUUUCGCCACAUGAACAACGCCCGAUUUUUACGCGAAAUGGAUUUUGCAAGAAUACUAUUUUACUCACGAAUCGGGGUUACCCGAAUCGUUCGAAACGUUGGCGGAGACGUUUUACAAACGGCUUGCAACGUUCGUUAUCGAAGACCAAUUCCUCUUUUUACUUCGUUCAAGAUCACAACGAAGAUUAUUUAUUGGGACGAACAAUCGUUUUAUUUGGAACAUCAAAUGAUUAAUUUACGCGAUGGUUUCGUUUUGGCCGUCUGCAUGAGUCAACAAAAAUUUCUCGUUGUCAAUGCUAGACAAGUUCUGAGGGAAUUGUUGAAAGAGAACGAACCGAAAUCUCCGAAUCCACCCGAAGAAUUGUUAGCGUGGUUGGAAUCGAUUCGAAUAUCGAGUGAUAAAUUAAGAAGUGUUGAAAACGUGUUUACUUUUUAAGGUUAUUUUAAAAACAAUGAAGGACCAUAUUGAAGAUUGUUUAGAACUAUGUAGAAAGCUGAGAUGAUGUUAGAUGUUCGAGACGAUUUUGACGAAGUCAGGAACGUUGAUUAACGAGGUUGAUGGUGAUAUUAAGCGAAGGUUGUAAAGGCCCCUACAGACGCUCCGACUUACCGGUACAGGCACUUACGGCGCAGUUUUGGCCUGCACAGGUCGCCUGAACCAUGGAAUUGCCUCCACACGUACAGUCCCAUUUGCUGGAUUAGCUCAGUUUUUCAGCAUGGAGGGAAGUAGUGAUGUUCUAUUGUUAAGUGCUCUAAUAAUAAGCUUAUUAAAGAAGAAAUAUAAAUUCAAAAAAGAGUGGUUGCUCAAAAGAAAUAGUUUUUCCCAUACAAAUUUAUUAUCGGAAUUAAGAAUUGAAAAGGGCGACCGGUUUAAUUACCUAAGAAUGGAUGAAGAAACUUAUCUCGAAUUAUUAAGGGUAGUGUCACCUUAUAUAAAAAAGCAGAGCACAGUUAUGCGACAAGCUGUAAGUUGUCAUGAGCGUCUCACCGCAACACUUCGAUACAUAGCAACGGGAAGAACAUACGCAGAUUUAAAAUAUUCUACUAUAAUAUUACCUCAAGCUAUAUAAUUCCAGAUACUUGUCAUGCUAUUUGGAAGGCUUUAAGAAAAGAUUAUUUAAAGUUUCCUAACUCAGAGGAUGAAUGGAGAUCAAUUGCACAAGCAUUUGAACGAAGGUGGAACUUUCCUCAUUUAUUAGGUGCAAUUGAUGGAAAACACGUCCAAAUAGUACCUCCAUCUGGAAGUGGUUCCUAUUAUUACAACUACAAGGGAACACACAGCUUAGUCUUAAUGGCUAUUGCAAAUGCAAAUUAUGAAUUUAUUAUGAUUGACUACGGAGUAAAUGGUAGAAUCUCCGAUGGUGGUGUACUUGAAUAUACUAACUUGUUUAAUAAAUUAGUAAACCAAGAACUGAAUAUACCUCCUGCUACAAAAGUUUUAAACAGUUGUGAAGAAUUACCAUAUGUAUUUAUAGGUGAUGAAGCGUUCUCCCUACGAGCAGAUAUAUUAAAACCAUUUCCUCAACGUGAAUUAAACAAAGAAUCUAAAAUAUAUAACUAUCGGCUAUCACGAGCGCGACGAAUUAUUGAAAAUGUUUUUGGCAUUUUAGCUGCCAGAUUUCGCAUAUUUCAUACAGCCAUACCUUUACAAUUACAUAACACCGAUACCGCAGUUGCUUGCUACUGUGUUUUACACAAUUACUUAAGAAGAAAGUGUUCAAAUGAUUAUAUACGAACGGAAGAUUUAGAUAAUAUAGAUACAAGAUGUUUUAUGAAUUUGCAAACUAGUAUAAAUCGAAAUCCAGCGGCAGAUCCAAAACGGGUUCGUGAAAUGUUUGUUUCUUAUUUUAAUAAUGAAGGUGCAGUGGAGUGGCAGAAUAAAAUUAUUCAAUGUUAGAAUAAAAUCUGUUGAUAAGAAAACCAAACUUAUGCAUGUAUAAGUAUUACUUUACAUCUACAUAAAUAUGAUGUUUUUAUUUGUAAAUAAAAUACAUAGAAACCGA